GCAGACGUGGUCACGUGACGACGUGUGUGCCGCUCAGCUGACUGCUGAGUUCCGGGUUGUGUGUCGGUGUUUAUCUCUGCGCUGCUUCUCAGCGCGUGUUCUCAGGCGGUCCGUGUGGGCGGAGUCUAUCUGCUGGUUGGUGACUAGCUGUCAGAGCCAUGAACGCCUCGGACAGUGACGAGGAGUUCUACAACGAGAGGACGGCGUUGGUCCCGGCAGAGAACCCCGCGGUGUCGUGCUACCAGCCGGACGCCUCAGAGGAACCCACCACGAGGCCGGGGGUCAGCAGGCGGCCGGCGGCCUCAGGAGGAGGUGCUGACGGGGGCGGCUCCGACCAGGAGGAGGCAGACGAGGAGGAGCUGACUCUGAAGUACGGAGCCAAGCACGUCAUCAUGCUGUUCGUGCCCGUCACCCUCUGCAUGGUGGUGGUGGUGGCCACCAUCAAGUCGGUCAGCUUCUACACGGAGAAGACGGACCAGCAGCUGAUCUACACGCCGUUCACAGAGAACACGGCGUCUGUCGGCCGCCGGCUCCUCAACUCCGUCCUCAACACCAUCAUCAUGAUCAGCGUCAUCGUGGUCAUGACCAUCUUCCUGGUGGUCCUCUACAAGUACCGCUGCUACAAGUUCAUCCACGGCUGGCUCAUCCUCUCCUCCCUCAUGCUGCUCUUCUGGUUCAGCUUCAUGUACCUCGGUGAAGUGUUUAAGACGUACAACCUGGCCGUGGACUACCCCACGGUGGGAGUGAUCAUCUGGAACUUCGGGGCCGUGGGGAUGAUCUGCAUCCACUGGAAGGGGCCCCUCCCCCUGCAGCAGGCCUACCUCAUCCUCAUCAGCGCCCUCAUGGCCCUCGUCUUCAUCAAGUACCUGCCCCCGUGGUCGGCCUGGGUCAUCCUGGGCGCCAUCUCCAUCUACGAUCUGGUGGCCGUCCUGUCUCCUAAAGGUCCUCUCAGGAUGCUGGUGGAGACGGCUCAGGAGCGCAACGAGCCCAUCUUCCCCGCCCUCAUCUACUCCUCUGCCAUGAUGUGGACGGUGGGGAUGGCGAGCCCGAUGGACGCUCAGCGCUCCGACCGCGAAUCAGAUGAGGAGGUGGGGCCUAGUGGCAGGGAGGUGGAGCCUGAGAGACGACAGCCCCGGACGUUUCCAGAAGACGACCUGGAGGAAGACAGGGGGGUGAAGCUUGGCCUCGGUGAUUUCAUCUUCUACAGCGUCCUGGUUGGGAAAGCUGCAGCGACCGGCGGCGACUGGAACACGACCAUCGCCUGCUUCGUGGCCAUUCUCAUCGGUCUGUGUCUGACGCUGCUGCUGCUGGCCAUCUUUAAGAAAGCUCUGCCGGCGCUGCCCAUCUCCAUCACCUUCGGCCUGGUCUUCUACUUCUCCACCGACUUCCUGGUUCAGCCGUUCAUGGACAAUCUGGCCGCUCAUCAGUUCUACAUCUGAGACCCGCCCCCCUCACCCUCCUCCUCCUCGUCACCCUGCGUCCGCCGCUCUUCUUCUUCCUGUUUCUCGAUGAACACAGGAAGUGAUGUAACAGGCAGAGGGAGCUCCUGGACGUCAGGCACAAACAUCAGUUGCUGAGUGGACGUUUAAAGGUCCGCCUUAAAUCCUUCAUCUGACCUUGUAUGUUUGGAGGCAGCUGAUUGGCUGACGCUCCUGUCGAUCACAGUCAAACAUUCCUGCUGCGUCAGUUUUAACAUUAAACCAGACGCUCAGUUUAAUGUCCGACUGCAUUUAAAGUGAAUUUUCUUCAACAGACUCAAAAAGAUUUUUACUGUUUUAUGAGAAAAGUGUUUAAUAAAUAAAAACUGGUUUCAAAUUA